UCCAACGAAAUCGUCAAUAUCGGUGCGCACUGCUCGCCAUCCAAAGCACUCAGCGAUGAUAUCGAAGAAUUUGUCAGUGAUCCUAAAUCGAAAGGAACCAUUUAUAUAGCGUUUGGAACAAAUGUCAAGUGGGCAUAUGCACCAUCCUAUGUAAUUCAAGCCUUCAAAGAGGCGAUGCUCAAGUUGAAGGAAUAUAGGAUCAUUUUUGUGGACGACGUGAAAGAGAUGUUUGUUGAUUUAGCGCCACAUAUCAAAAUUAUGAAAUGGGCACCUCAGUAUGAUAUAUUAAGAGAUAAUCGAACGGUAUUAUUCAUUGGUCAUGGAGGAUUAAAGAGUUUGAAAGAGACAAUAUGUGGAAAAACUCCAACGCUUCUGAUACCGAUCUUCAACGAACAAGCGCACAAUACUGCUGUGGCUGCUAAACUUGGUAAAUGA